CAACCAAGAACCAUAUGUACAGUGAAGCUAAUUAAUAAUAUGUUUAGAGAUAACCUGUAGGAAAAAUCAACCUAAUACACAAUACUUCCAGUCGAUGGAAACAAACAGAUCUUGCCAAAGAUUAGAAUCAUAACUUAAACCAAGGAUUGGGUUCUGUGACAUACCUCAAUAGUGUUGUAUAACUCGCAACAGAAGAACAAGAACCAACAGCUGUAAUUGAGAAUAGAGUCUUUUCUUCUCUCUCAAAUCUGUUGUAUAUGGGAUACUUCGUAGCAAGUUAGAUGAGAAGAGGGACUCACCUCCUUUAUAUUAAUCUCUGAUCCUUACCCAUAACGAGAAAUCAGAGAUAAGCAACAAUCAAUUAGUUCCGAGAGGGUUCAGAGAGGCGAUUUUUCUUGCGACGUUGACUCUGGUCAAGUUUUUAUUUUCUUCAAGAUCUGAGUGGUUUUCUGAGAUUUUGAUUCCUGUUUUAGUUAUCUGUGAUCAAUGAUUGGUGUUGUUUUGAUUUCACAAUUUUCCUUAUGAUUCCUUUUCUCUAUUCUGAUUAUUAUGGGUGGAUCGAUGGAUGUGAAUUUUGAAUCUCAUUUACAUGGAGAUGAUAAUAGUUCUUCUAGAGUGGGAUUGUUUGGGGCUUCUAAUAACAGGGUUUCUAGUAAUCUUCGAUGGUCUGAUAUGUUGGGUGUAGGGAAAGAUGAACCUCUUCAUGAUCUUAUUCCUUAUGCACCUCCAGGUCUGGUUGGGGGUAAGAAACUCACAGUGUUUUCUGAUGAUGAAGUAGAGGAUGAUGUUCAUCGAUGUGAGAAAUUGGUUGUUGGGUGUUUUGUGGGGAAGCGAUUACCAUUUUUGAUGGUGAGGAAUUUUGCAAAGAGGGUAUGGAAGCUAAAAGGUGAGAUGAAGAUGACUCUUCUAGGAGAUGCAGUUUUUGUGUUUGAAUUUGAUUCUGCAGAAGAUAGAGCUAUGGCUUUGGAGCAUGGGUGUUUGUUUAUUUCUGGACAACCAUUUGUUGUUGGACCCUGGUCACUAAUGAUUGAACAGGAGUUGGCUGAACUGAAGACAAUUCCUAUCUGGAUCAAUCUGAGAAAUGUUCGUCUCCAUUUAUGGAAUUCUAAAGGGCUAGUCAAAGCUGCUGCUGAAGCUGCUGCUGAAGCUACUGCUGAAGUUGCUGCUGCAAAAAAAUUAGCUGAAGCUAGUAAGGCAAAGGAUAAGCCCGUGGGUGGUAAUGAAGGAUGGGUGGUGAAGAAUCGGAAGAGAGGAAGGAACAAAAACUCAAACCAACAAAAGAGUAGCACUGCUGGCUUGGAUGGGGCCUCAACUAGUGGUACUGCAAAUAUGGUGGAAGUUCCAAUUAUGAUGAAUAACAAAUUUCAUCAGUUAACUGAGGAAGGGACUGGUGAGUUCAUGGAGGUGGUCAUGACUACUACUACCAAGGAUAACCAUAGGUUAACUCCUUUUGGUAGUAAUGAUACUGCUGAUGGAAGUCAAGUUUGUCCUCAGCCACUUAGUUUAAUUUCAGGGGUUUAUGUGGGUAAUAGGGAAGUUGGAGAUACUAUGAUUGGUUUUGUUUUGAAUCAGGUAGAAAGACUAGAUGAGGGUCAAAAGGAGAAUGAUGGUGCUAGAACUCAUUUCCUGCCAAAGUCCUCUAUCCAAGGGAAGAACAUGUUGAAUGUCAAGGCUGCAGAGAAGAAAUCUCCAAAGGUUAAAAAACCAAACCCCUCUCUUUUACUAUGAUAAAGGUUGGUGGAUGGAACAUAAGGGGUCUUAAUGAUCUCUUAUAACAAAGUGAAGUUAAUAAUUUUAUUAUAACUAAUAAGCUAUAUAUGGUGGGUAUUGUUGAAACUCAUGUUCAACAAGUUAAUAAAGAUUUAAUAAAGAUAGAAUAAGGCAUAAAAUUUGUCAUUCUUGGCAAUUUGUGGAUAAUUAUUCUCAAGAUCCUUUUGGGAGAAUUCGGGUAGGAUGGAAUGCUGAGAUUAUGUCUGUUAGUGUUCUA